GAGUAAAAGAAGUAGCAGAAGAAGAAAAUUUUGAAGUACCUAACCUAAACCUAAAUCAUCAAUUCAUCUUUUAAAUCAUUAAUCCAAUGAAUAAUAUAAUAUAAUAAUAAUCAUACUCCUCAUACAAGACAGUAUAUAAUAUUUUGAAAGUUCGCAAGACAGAACAGGACUUUCCAUGAAACAUGAAUUAUGAAAAACAUUUGGACUCAGAAACCUGUAGUAAAAUCAUUGGGCCAUUGGUUUUUGAGGAAUCUUCUUAUAACCAUCUUCAGUAUAAUGCUGAAACAAAAUGCCUCCUAUGUGAGGAUAGUUUCAACUUAAACAUGUCUCUACCUGUAUGUCUGACCCAUCUAUUUGAUGUUCAUAAUGUAGUCAUUGAGGAUGUACAAAACAUAAACAAAUUACAUGAAUACAUGACUUAUUGGAGAAAUAAAUUCAAGUGUACUCCUCUAGAACAGCUAAUUCCUGCAGUUACAAUCGAUUCGACAGGCGUAAGAUAUUUUUUAAUGUCUGUGUUAUUGAAAGAAGACAAAGCUUUGAGGCAUAAACUGAGGUUAGAUCAUGCUCUUGCAGUUCAGGAGUUUGAAAGGAAAGAUGAGCAUUAUAUCAGGCCAUGUUUAUUAUGUAAGGUAGUGUUUGAAGGUACAAGACCAAAAUAUUUUGAACAUCUCUCCACCCAACACAAUUUACAAUUGGGGAAUCCUCAGAAUAUGGUUUAUCUUGAAGAAUUAGUGAAUAGAAUUGAUGAAAAACUUACAGCAUUGCAGUGUAUAUUUUGUGAGAAGACUUUUCCAGAUAGAAAUAUUCUCAAGGAGCAUAUGAGAAAAAAACUCCAUAAAAGAAUAAAUCCCAAAAAUAGAGAGUAUGAUAAAUUCUAUAUUGUAAAUUAUUUAGAAGAAGAUAAAGAUUGGCAGGUAAUACAGAAGGAGGAUGAUAGAUAUGCUAUUCCUAGGGGAAAUGAAUCAAAUACAGAUGAAGAAUAUUCAGACUGGAAUGAAGAUGCUGAUCAGAUAAUAUGCCUGUUUUGUAAACACAAGGAUGUUAAUAUCAAUACUCUUUGUUUACAUAUGGAUGCUGAUCAUGAUUUCGACUUCAUUCAGCAAUCUGAGCACUUGGAUUUUUAUCAGAAAGUUAAAUUGAUCAACUACAUCCGAAAGCAAGUCUAUGACCUGAAGUGCAUAUUCUGUGAUGAACUCUUCCAAAGUUCUAGUCAGCUUACAAAUCAUUUGGUGGACAAUAAUCAUUACAAAAUACCUGAUGUGAAAAUUUUCGAUCAACCUGAGUUCUAUUUUCCUACAUACGAAAAUGACUCAUUAUUAUACCUGAUUGAUGAUGUUGAAGACUAAAAUACGUGAUCUGUUAUAUAUUGUAAUAUUUUGAAAAAUAAAAUGAUAAAAGUG